AUGGGAAUUAGAAAAAACAGGGAUAACAUGGUAGAAAGCUAUGGAUAUAGGAAACCAUAUAUUGUGGUGGUGCCCUGCGUGCAAUGUUGCAAUUUUCUCCACCAAAAUUUUUCCACUUAUUUCAACACUUUGGGAUUUUUGAACUUAGGCUACCUAGCCAAGGACAACCCUUACUUCGGAGCCACAGUCGGCCGCGUGGCGAACCGGAUCGGCAAAGGCCGCUUCAAGAUAGACGACGCGGAGUACAAUGUGGUGAAGAACAUCGGCGAGAACACCCUGCACGGCGGAAAAGUUGGCUGGAGCCACAAAGUCUGGGACGCGGUGGUGCAGGGAGACCUGGUCAUCAUGACACUGUCAAGCGAGGACGGCGACCAGGGCUUCCCCGGUACCGUGCUGGCCACUGUUGUAUUCAAGUUAUGCGACGACGGUGGACUGACAGUCGAGAUGAAGGCCGCGACGACCAAAAAGACCGUCAUCAACCUGACGAACCACAGCUACUUCAAUCUCGCAGGACACGGAGCCAACUCAACCGAACUCUACAAGCACACAGUCUCGAUAAAUGCUGAUCGCUGGACAGUCACGGACAAAGACAGUAUUCCAACUGGUGAGAUUCGCAACGUGGAUGAUUCAAUUUUCGACUUGAGACAGCAAACCCUUCUUGGCAAAGUCAUAAACCAAGUACCAGGUGGUGGUUACGAUUACAACUUCUGUUUGCCUGGACAACCGGAUUACAAAACGAAAUUCGUUGCCAAAGUCGUGCAUCCCGAUUCUGGAAGAACACUCGAAGUUUUUAGCAACCAGCCGGGUGUGCAAUUUUACACCUCCAACUCCCUUCCUGACUCCAACAAAGCUUUACCCGGCAAAAAGGGCCACACUUACUCCAAACACGGGGCCCUUUGUCUGGAAACUCAGAAUUACCCUGAUGCCAUGAAUCAUAAAAACUUUCCCAACAGCAUUCUACAACCAAAUGAUCAAUACUAUCAUGUUGUAACUUACAAAUUUACAGUACAAGCUUGAAAUUUAUAAGCAAACAGUGGAACUGUAUACUAUGUCUUAAUCUAAUAUUUGCAACUUUUAAAAGAAUUCCUACAUUGUACGAAUAAAACACAUUGCAUGAAAA